CUCAGAGCUGCUAACUCUCCUGCAGUGUUUAGUGUGCGCGCAUGCACGUCUAGAGGUGGAGCGAGACAGCGAGAACGCGUGCGGUAUGUGAGUGAAGGCAAGCAGGCAGAGGAGCGGAGAGUCCAGCCACACGCAAGCGUGCAUGGGAUCCCGUUACAAACAGUCCCUUUAAAUGGCACCUCUAACAAAAUGAAGAUACACAUAAACAGAAAAUAAAUAUAUAGAAAAUAACUAAUAAAUAAAAUAAAAAGAUUUUCAAAAACAAGAAUCCAUUUGGGAGCAAAUACUUAAAUUUAGAAAAUGUUUCUGCCUUCUUUCACCUCAAUGGGGAAUUCCAGCAUGGAGAAGAGGGAGGGUGAAGGGUUAAUUUGUGGCCGGGGAAACCUGAUGCUAAUUAAGUCUCAGGAAUGCCACAUACUGACAUUGUAGAGCAGAAGCCCUCAGAGUGGGUCAGGCAUGGAGAGAGCCAGUAAUGCCUGUGUCUAAUGGUUUUAUUCCAUAUACUGACAGUCGGGGAAGCCAGUCUCACCGGAGCCUGGAGCUGAAGGUAAUGUUCAGAUCUCAACUUUGUUUCCAGUUGUGACAGAGGUUUUUAUCUGAAAGGAGGAUGCACAGUUUUGGAGAUUUUUUCCAGAUUUGGGAAUCAAAAUCUUAACUUGCAUUUUUUUCUUCUUUUGCAGGGAGAGAGAUAUAGCUGAGGAAAAAAAUGGUUUUAGUAACACCAGGAUGAUGCACAGUUUUGGAGAUAUUUUUUUUCCAGAUUUGGGAAACAAAAUCUUAACUUGCAUUGAUCUUCAUUUGCAGGGAGAGAGAUAGAUAUAGCUGAAGCAAAAAAAAUGUUUUUAGUUGUGACGGAGAGGUUUUCAUCUGAAAGGAUGAUGCACAUUUUUUUGAGAUUUUUUUCCAGAUUUGGGAAUCAAAACCUUAACUUGCAUUUUUCUUCUUUUGCAGGGAUAAAACUGAAGCCAAAAAAAAUGGUUUUAGUUGUGACAGAGAGGUCUCAUCUGAAAGGAUGAUGCACAGUUUUUGGAGAUUUUUUUCAACAUUUGGGAAUCAAAAUCUUAACUUGCAUUUUUCUUCUUCUUUUGCAGGGAGAGAGAUAAAGCUGAAGCAAAAAAAAAUGGUUUUAGUAACACCAGCUCUGUUGCUGCUGUCUUGGGCAUCACUGCAAGCUGUCGCAGAGAUCUGCCGAGGGUCGCACUGCUACGGCGCGGAAACCGCCGAUCCAAGACCGUGCACCGGAGCGCACUGCCCGGGGGGCAGAUCCUCCAGACCUCCGCGGCAGUUUAACCCCACAACACAGGGGAGAGCGGCGCAGAUAGUCGCCAGCCAGCACCACGCAUACCCGGGUUCACCGAGAGCAGCAUCGGAUGCGUAUCCGGCUGUGCAGCCACUUCGCGGUGGAGGUGGAGGUGGAGGCGGAGGCGCACGGAUGAGAGAAGUUCUCCCUGCAGGAUGCACCGAUGCAGACUGCGUCGCCGCUCUUGUGAAACAAUUUCAUCCCACUAAUGACACCCGAGACUGCAGAGGGAUCGAGUGCAGACUGCCGGCGAGGAUCCGGCCGAGAGCCCGAGCGAGGUCUUGUGUGGGAGAAGGAUGCAGCUCGGAGGAGAGCGCCAGCCAGCUUCCUCCUCCUCUCCAUCUGUCCGACAGAGCCGCGCAGUUUCUGGGAGAUUUUCCGGAGCUUGGAUAUCCGUCGUCGGAACUUGGCGGAGCGCCUUUGGGAGUCCAGCUCACAUGUGACAUCAAGCCAGGGGAGAAUGAAGUUCCCUCAGAAGAUGCCCUCAUCUUACACCUCCAGCUGGCAAAAGGUCAGGAGAAGCUGGUGGAGGCCCUGCGAGCCCAGCAGAUGGUCAUCCGAGACCUGCAGCAGAAGCUGGUCGACCAACAGGAGGCACUGCUGUCGCAGCAGAGGGAGAUCCUGGACCAGCAGCGGCGUAUGUACGAGCAGAUGGACGUGGUGAAGGCCCAGUACGGCCUCCUCUCGGACACCGUCAAACAGGUCUCCUUCCAGGGCCUGCAGGGUGAGCUGCAGAGCUACUUCGAGAGCCACCUGGCGGGUCUGCAAAGCCAGGCCCGCAGCCACCUGCAGAAGUCCUACGCUGUGCACAAAAUGGACGUGGAUGCGAAGGUGAUGGAUGUAGUCGGAGAGGCUCAUUUUCCUCAACCCCUACUGGGAUGCCCUUCACCCUGCGGGCAGGAGGAGUUUUGUGAUUUCCAGAGGGAUACACCUCAGUGUGAGAAGUGCACCAUGUGUCCACCAGGUUUCUUUCUGAUCUCACAAUGUUCUCCCACUGCAGACAGGAUGUGCCAGGACAGAGAUGAAUGCCUUGAAGUACCAAACAUCUGUGGAGAGCGAGUGAAGUGCCUUAAUACUCCAGGGGGGUUCAGGUGUCUGGGAGUCUCUGAGAGAGAAGCACUGAUGGGCGUAUGUGGUCACGACUACUUCUACAACCAGGAGCUGCAGGAGUGUCAGGCCUGUUUUGACUGUGAUGGAGAGCCUGUUUCUGCUCCCUGCACCGCUAUCAGCGACUCAGUCUGCGGUCAGCCUUCAGAGAGCCGACUCUCCCUGUCUUGGGAGGCCAGUGUGGGGGUCCCCCAUGCCAGGACCUCUGGCGCCCACAUUUUCCCCGGGCUCCAACUAAACAUCCACGGAAAAGAGAGAAUCGAUCUGCUGUCCAACGAGGCUGGGCAGCUGACGUUCCUGCAGCACGGCCUGGUGUGGUUGGAUCACAACUUUGCGAUAAAGCACAGCUGCAGGAACUUCCUUCAGUUGGGAAUGAGGCUCAACGGGAGCCAAGAGGAGGAGGGUCUGGACCUCAGCGGGGUUCGCAUCGAACAGCCGGACGGGAAGUACUUCCAGGGCGUCAGCGUCAGCAGUGGCGUCGAGGUGGAGCCCAACCACACCUUCACUCUGCUGCUGAAGAGUCCGAACCAACACUGCAACCAGAGCAAGGACAUUCACGUCUACGAUAUCGCUACUCCCUCUUUCAGCCUGCUCUGGUUGUCGCAUGACACCGGCGCCGUAGCUAUGACGGCUCAGAUGUCCCUGUUGACGCACUACCAGACCAGCUACCGCCCAACUUUCCGCAUGACCUCAGUGUCCGACCCGUAUAUGAUCAUACUAACGCACGACAACCGCGGUGUGCGCUUCACGGAAAGCGGUGUUGUGAAGUUCGUCUUCCAGCAGGCGCUCUACUCGAUGGGCCACACCUGCGUUCGAGAGGGUUUCUCCCUGAUUGCCUACACUAACCACAACGGGACAGGCCAGGAGGCGAUGCAAGCCUUCAAAACGGGCGUCAACUACAGGGACACCUCCAUCACCCUCUCUGGCGCUGUGAGCGUCGCCGGUGGGGACACGCUCAGCUUUGAGAUCACAUCUCCGUCGCAGUGCAACAUCCGCUACUUUGGGGACAGCACUGGGAUCAGCAUGCUGAGCCUCAUCUGGAUUCCCUCGGCGGUGUCGUCAGCCCUGACUGCCACCGUGUCCAGGACUGGUCUGCCCUCCGGAGCAGUCAGGAAUAAGCAGCUGUCGUUCCAGCAGAUCAGCGCCGACACGCCGCAGGUUCAUUUGGCCCGCUCGGGGGAGCCAAACAGCCGGAAGAACUUUAUAUUCCACGAGAAAGGGACAGCAAACAUAGCCCUCAACCUGAAGCUGAUACACUCCUGCAAUAUUGUGAAACUCACUCUGCAGCGGUCGGGGGUUCAGGGCGGGCAGGCAGGUCCUGUGGCUCAGCAGGUGUCUGGACAUAUGCCUGAAGGUAGCGAGUGGGCCAGCAUCGGGCUGCGAGCUUCAUUUCCCGUCCAGAACGGCACAGCGGUGUAUGUUACUCUGGACUGUAUCCGCGGACGAGUUAACCAGAUAACACACGAGGGCGGCACUAACAUUUCAAUCCUCUGGGUUGCGGUGUGAUCCAAGAAGGGAUGAAGCCUUUGUCAUUAAUACAGUUUGUGGAAAGAAAAGAAAAGACAGUUUUGCACAAUAUUGAAUUGCAGAGCAGAUUCAACAAAUUACCAAAUUAAGAGAGAAUACUGGUAGAUGAAAGUUAUUCAUCUAUUACACAUAUUUUGUCAUACUAUUGUUUUAUAUGUACGUGUCAUCACCUGUUUAAACUUUUAUUGUGAAAUCUCAUUUGAUUAACAUACUGUAAGUACUGCUUUUGCUUGAAGUACUUCGGCUGGUUGAGCAGUGACCAAUUCUUUAUGGGAUGUGUGUGUGUGUGUCUGUAUAGUAUGAGUGUGUGUACAUAUACUGUAUGUGCAGUGGUGCUUAUAUAUGUACUGUAUGUAUGAGGCAUGCCUACUUUUGUAUGAGACGUUUAAUAUGUAUAUCCUUACGUUCCUGCACAUAUUUAACUUGCGUACUGUAUGUAAUAAACCUUUUUAUAUUAAAUCAUUAGGCAUUUUAGUUUAACAUUUUGAGAGAUACGCUUAUUCACUUUCUGGAAGAGUUAAAUGAGAACAUAGAUACCACUCUCAGCUGAGCUUAGCAUAUAGACUGAAAAAAGGGGGAAACGGCUAGCCUGGCUCUGUCCAAAGGUAACAAAAUAUGCCUACCAGCACCUCUAAAGCUCUCUAACUAACACAUCAAAUCUUGUUUGUUUAAUCCGUAAAAAAAACUGCAGUGUAAAAACAUUCACUAUUUUAAAGGUGCAGUGUGUAGGAUCUGGCGGCAUCUAGCAGUGAGGUUGCAGAUUGCAACCACCUGAAACUUCUCCUGUGUGCCAAACAUGUAGGAAAACUACAGUGGCUAACAUGAAAAUGUGAAACCGCAAAUGUCCCUAUCUAGAGCCAGUGUUUAGUUUGUCCGUUCUAGUCGACUGUAGAAACAUGGCGGCCGGCUCCGUGAAGAGGACCCGCUCCCUAUGUAGAUAUAAACG